AUUUCCCUGCAGGUAUUUAUGAGCCGACAUUUCUUGUAUUACUGCAGUGAACCUAUCUUGGAUGUGAAAAUAGCGUUUUGUCAGGGAUUUGGCAAACAAGUGGAUGUUUCAUAUAUUGCUAAACACUACAACAUGAGUAAAAGCAAAGUGGACAACCAGUUCUACAGCGUAGAAGUAGGUGAUUCUACCUUCACAGUUCUCAAACGCUACCAGAAUCUAAAGCCCAUUGGAUCUGGGGCUCAGGGAAUUGUAUGUGCUUCAUAUGAUGCUGUACUUGAUAGAAAUGUGGCCAUUAAGAAACUCAGCAGACCAUUUCAGAACCAGACGCAUGCCAAACGGGCUUAUCGAGAACUCGUACUCAUGAAAUGUGUCAACCACAAAAACAUCAUCAGUUUAUUAAAUGUGUUUACACCUCAAAAAUCACUAGAAGAAUUCCAGGAUGUCUAUUUGGUUAUGGAACUGAUGGAUGCCAACCUAUGCCAGGUAAUCCAAAUGGAACUGGAUCAUGAGCGAAUGUCCUACCUACUGUACCAGAUGCUGUGUGGCAUCAAACACCUCCAUUCUGCUGGCAUUAUUCACAGGGAUCUAAAACCCAGCAACAUUGUGGUAAAGUCAGACUGCACACUGAAAAUCCUUGACUUUGGCCUGGCAAGGACUGCCGGAACAAGCUUCAUGAUGACUCCCUAUGUAGUAACCCGUUAUUAUAGAGCACCAGAAGUAAUUCUGGGGAUGGGGUACAAAGAAAAUGUGGAUAUUUGGUCUGUGGGAUGCAUUAUGGGAGAAAUGGUCCGCCACAAAAUCCUCUUUCCAGGAAGGGACUAUAUUGAUCAAUGGAAUAAAGUCAUUGAGCAGUUGGGAACGCCUUCCCCAGAGUUCAUGAAGAAGUUGCAGCCCACUGUUCGUAACUAUGUGGAGAAUAGGCCUAAGUACACAGGACACACUUUCCCCAAGCUCUUCCCAGACUGUCUCUUCCCAGCAGACUCGGAGCACAAUAAACUAAAAGCCAGCCAAGCCAGAGAUCUUCUAUCCAAAAUGUUGGUUAUUGACCCUGCCAAACGAAUAUCUGUGGAUGAAGCCUUACAGCACCCAUACAUAAAUGUCUGGUAUGAUCCAGCUGAAGUUGAGGCGCCUCCUCCCCAAAUCUAUGACAAGCAGCUUGAUGAGAGAGAACACAGUAUAGAUGAAUGGAAAGAAUUAAUCUACAAGGAGGUAAUGGAUUUUGAAGAGAAAACUAAAAACGGUGUUGUGAAGGGACAACCCUCUCCCUCAGGUGCAGCAGUGAAUAGCAGCGAAAGUCUUCCUCCAUCCUCAUCAGUAAACGACAUCUCAUCCAUGUCAACCGAUCAGACCCUUGCUUCAGACACUGACAGCAGCCUGGAAACUUCAGCAGGACCGCUUUGUUGCAGGUGA